AUGGCUGCACUGACACCUCUCAGUACCCCUCUCAACGAUCCCUUGUCGCCAAAGGCUGGCGCAUCAGAAGAACCGACUCAACGCCCGGUAUCAGGCGUCAAAUCCCCAGCACCUAUCCAUUCCCCCGUACCUCCAGUCAAGACCACCGUAACCAAGGACUUCGGCUUCCUCCUCCGCCCCGAGAUCUACCACAGCAUCAACCCCAUCAACAUCCCCGUCGCCUUCAAGACCUCCCCAAAGCAGCCCACCCCCGAUGCCUCGCUCGACGACCUCCUGGCCAUGGGCCACUUCCGCGCCGCCGCCAUCGCCGCCGUCCAGGAGCUCACCGGAACCGGCGGCCCGGCGCGCCCCCGCGUAGACCCCUCAGACCACCAGCGCAUCUUCACCCUGCUCUACACCCGCCUCGCCUGCCUGACGCUCAUCGACGCCACCUCCGUCGCGGCGCAGGAGGUCCGCGCCCUCGAGGACCUCAACGCCGGCGUCUACAUCGACGAGACCACCGGCGAGCACCUCGUGCCGUGGGAGCUGCGCGUGCUCAACAUCCGCCUGCAGGCCCUCGGCUUCGGCGACCCCCGGCGCUCCGUCAUGGCCUACCACGACCUCGCCCGCGAGGCCCGCGAGCAGAUCUCCAAGGCGGCCGCGCGGCACGACAACUCGGCCAGCGAGCUCUGGAAGGCCCGCCUUCACGAUCUUGGGAUCAGCGUCGCCGGCGCGCUCAUCGAGAUGGACGACCUCGCGGGCGCGGCGCACCACCUCGCCGCGCUGAGGGACCGCGGCGACGGCAAGAUGGCGCUCUCGCGCGCGCUCAUGUGGCUGCACCUCGGCGACGUGGACGCGGCGCGCCGGAGCGUGCAGGACGCGGGCGGCGACGACGAUGGCAGGCACGCGGAGCAGGUCGUCGCGGCGCUGUGCCAGAUGGCCGACGGCGAGUACGAGGCGGCGCUGCAGUCGUGGCGGGGGUUGAAGGAGCAAGUCAUGGACGAGAUGAUUGGCGUCAACAUGGCGGUGUGCCUGCUCUACACGGGCAAACUGACAGAGGCGCGCGCAUCCCUCGAAGACAUGGUCGGAGACGGCUACUCGUCGCACACCCUCCUCUUCAAUCUGAGCACGACAUACGAGCUCUGCACGGAGCGGAACCGGAACCUCAAGCUGAGACUCGUGGAAAAGGUCGCCGAUCAGGACGAGACGGUCAAGGGCUGGGAGAAAAGCAACGCCGACUUCAAGCUAUAA